AGAAACAGCUAAGCCUGACCCCAACACACACCCUUUCUUUGUUUUGAUUUUUCGAUUUCCGUGUCAAGCAAGCAUCCAUACCACACACCACUCUCACCAUUUCUAAUCUUAACCCCUCGGCCAAACCAAAUCCCAAAAUCCCAUCUGUUUUCAUUUUAUUUUUGUGAAACUUUGCUUGCUUUCUAAUCCAUCUUCAUUUAAAGCUUUCUGUCGAACCCACCAUUAUAUAACUUAUUAUUUUACUUUUUUUUUUUUUGACUCGUACUUAUCUGGGAUUCUAAUUUAUGUGUUCAGUUUUGUGUAUCAGAUUUUUUUCCCGGGAGCACCAUACUCCCUUGAAGUUUUGGUUUUCAGUUUAUCAUUUUUAAGUGGUAUUAAAGUAUCUGAAAGUCAAGAUGGGACAAGAGGUGCUGGUUGCGGCAGUGGGGUUGGGUGCAGCACCGGCGAGGACGGUGGCGCCGCCAACUUCUUUGGCGCCGGGGUUCAGAUUUCAUCCCACGGAUGAGGAGUUGGUGACGUACUAUCUGAGGAGGAAGGCAUGUGGGAAGCCCUUUCGAUUUCAAGCUGUUACUGAAAUUGAUGUCUACAAAUCUGAGCCCUGGGAGCUUGCUGAUUAUGCAUCCCUGAAGACUCGAGAUCUAGAAUGGUACUUUUUCAGCCCUGUGGACAGAAAAUAUGGCAAUGGGUCUCGGCUGAAUCGUGCAACUGGUAAAGGGUACUGGAAAGCAACUGGAAAGGAUCGCCCUGUGCGCCAUAAAUGCCAAACUAUUGGAAUGAAGAAAACCCUUGUUUUCCAUAGUGGACGAGCACCUGAUGGAAAGAGAACAAAUUGGGUAAUGCAUGAGUACAGGCUUUGCGAUGCAGAAUUAGAAAGGGCUAGAGUAGCACAGGAUGUGUUUGUGCUCUGUAGAAUCUUUCAGAAGAGUGGUUUAGGACCACCUAAUGGGGAUAGAUAUGCGCCUUUUGUUGAGGAGGAAUGGGAUGAUGAUGCAGCCCUUGUCAUUCCUGGUGUAGAGGCUGAAGAUGAUGUGCCCAAUGGUGAUGAAGCACAAGUCGAGGGCAAUCACCUUAAUCAGGAUACUCAUCCUCUUAGCAUGGCUCCUCCACAAGUCGAGAAUCAAAUUGAGCUGCAGAGUCUCUCGUUUGCUUGCAAGAGGGAGAGAUCUGAAGCUUGCAAGAGGGAGAGGUCCGAAGAAGAUCCCGAACCACUUUCUUUAUCUCAAAGCAAAAGAUCAAAGCAUGAUGAUCCUAACUCGAGCCAUGCAAAUGGAUCGGAAGAUUCAACCACUACAAGCCUUGAUCCCUCAACAAUGAUGAUGACGACAAAUUAUUCGCCUGCACUUCUGGAAUUUCCUUUGAUAGAACCUAAAGAAAAUAAUCCAGUCAACCAGCUUACCUUCGAUUCCUCUAACCUUGAGAAAUCCGUGCCUCCCGGAUAUUUGAAAUUUAUCACCGAUUUGGAGAACGGGAUCUUGAAUGUCUCCAUGGAGAGGGAAACACUGAAAAUCGAAGUGAUGAGGGCCGAAGCGAUGAUCAACGUUCUUCAGUCCCGUAUCGAGACCUUAACUAAAGAAAACGAAGAGUUGAGGCAACAUCAUGUUCAUGAGCGCUAGAUAAUUGCGGGACCUUUGUAUCUGUAGUUCUGUAGUUUUCUUGCUCAAAUCCCCCUUGAACUGACUGCAUCUUGGAUCGAUUUUCAGGACAGUGUAAGAUCGAGUAAUGGCGAAUCAAGACAUUUAGCUGUUUAUUAUGUAAUAUUUCGGUUCUUAAAUGUAGUCUACUGAUGCAUCCGUCGAAAAUGCUCAUCUCGUUGAAUCGAGCUCAUUCAAAUAAAGUUGAGAUUAUAUCA